AGAGCAACUUGCUACUCGCGAGGACGUUGUGUCCUCUCUUCUGGACUUUAGCAUGCUCCAGCCUCGUCAGGAGCGACUCACCCUCCAUGUCGCUGCACUGCGUCGCCUUCUCGCCAUCCUCUCUGACCCUUAUCGCACCCUCCCGAUCAUCCCUGUACGACUCGUGACCUCCACGAGGGUGUACUCAGCGCUGUGGGAUUCCGGUUCUCAGGGCGACUUCWUUCACCCACGCGUGGUGAAGGAAGCCCGCUUACCCACGACAGGGUCUCCGACUCCCAUCUCCGUUACCCUAGGGGAUGACAAGACCCAGCGCUUCUUCGAUCAGACGGUCACCGGCCUCCCCUUCUUCCUCACUCUCGAGCCGACUAAGCGUUCCCCGGCGUCUCGUCGCCACCGCUCCUCUGCACAUUUCGAUGUGAUGGAGACGGGGCACGACUUCAUUCUUGGCACUCCGUGGUCUCGUCGGUUCUGCAGCACCGAGGCCGAUUGGGCGAUCAACACUCUCGUUCUCAAAACGAAGUGUGGACAAACGUACCGCGUACCUUUCAUAGGUACCACGGCGACACCACGCCCCGAUCCUCCUCCCCCGGAGCCUUCAGUGCCUACACCAUCUCCCUCUAUCACUGUCACCUCGCCUCGGCAGUUCGCUCACUUCAUUCGACAGGACGAUGUCACCUUCUUUAUGGUGGACGUGACGGAUCUCUUACACUAUGAUCCACCCUGUCCCGACACCGAGCUCAUCCCUCUGGAGCCAGAUCCUCCCUCUAUCUCCAUGGCUCCCAUCUCUACUUCCGUCCCUCCGCCGUCCGUCGAGUCCACCCCGCCGUCGCGCGCUGACGUUGACGCUGAGGAACUCGCACGAUAUACGGCUGACUUGGAGCCCUCAGUUCGUGACCUCAUCCGAGAGUACCACGACGUUUUCCCAUCGUCAUUCUCGUACGCCGGCAUCCCACCGAUGCGUGACGUCGAGCACUCCAUUCAGCACGUGCCUGACUAUCGUGUUCACCACCAGGCACCCUACAGACUCUCGAUCCCCGAGGCCACCGAACUCAAGCAUCAGCUUGAGGAGCUCAUGAGACUGGGUUUCAUUAAUCCCAGCAACUCCCCGUGGGGUGCACCCGUCCUCUUUGCUCGCAAAGCGGAUGGAACUCUUCGUCUCUGCAUCGACUACCGCGGCCUCAACCGCUUCACGGUUAAGAACAGCUACCCCAUGCCUCGUUCCGAUGAUCUGUUCGACCGCCUAACAGGCAACCGCUUCUUUACGAAGAUUGAUCUUCGUAGCGGUUACCAUCAGAUCCGCGUCGCUGCAGCCGACCAGCCGAAGACCGCGUUCCGAUCGCGAUUCGGCCACUACGAGUUCACGGUGAUGUUAUUCGGCCUCACCAACGCACCCGCUACCUUCCAGAGGGCGAUGAACGACAUCUUCAGGGACAUCCUGGAGCAGUACGUUCUCGUCUACCUCGACAAUAUCCUGGUCUAUAGUCGUACCCUUGAGGAGCACCUCAGACACCUCCGCGACGUCCUUGACCGCUUGCGCAGACAUGGCUUCUACGCCAAGCUAAGCAAGUGUCGCUUUGCCCAGCACAAAGUGGAUUUCUUAGGACAGUACGUGUCUGACCAAGGUCUCCACAUGGACGACGCGAAGAUCACUGCUAUUGCGGAGUGGCCCGCUCCCACAUUCGCCAAGCAGCUUCGCAGCUUCCUAGGCCUGACGAGCUACUAUAGUAACUUCAUCCGGGGAUACGCUAGGUAUUCCUAUGUCCUUACCUCCACUCUCCUCCGGAAGAACCCACCCUGGGCUUGGAUACCCCUCCACGAGGACGCCUUCCGCGCCCUCAAGAAGGCGGUGACAUGCGCACCGGUUCUUCACCUACCCGAUUUUGACCGCCCUUUUAUCCUUACCAUCGAUGCGUCAGACUUCGCUGUAGACUAUUCUCCUACCAUCGCCGAGGACGGCACUGUCGAGUCUCGCUCAGCUACGUGUCCGAGCAGUAGCAGAGUUCCAUGACCAGGCAGCUGCCGGUCAUAUGGGCUUCCACAAGACGU